GAGGGGCGGGGCGGGGCCGCGCCUGGCCGUUGGUGGAGGGCGGUCGGGGGCUGGGCCUGGGAGGCGGAGCCCUGAGCGGGCCAGCGGUGGUGUUGGUCCGCACCGGGGUUGGUCGCGUCCCCGGAGCCUGCGACUGUGGAGCCCACCGGGAGCGUGGCUCCUUGCUGGGAAAUCUACAAAAUGGCAGAUAGCUUGGAUGAAUUUAUUGAAGAGCAAAAAGCUAAACUGGCCAAAGACAAAGCAGAAUUGGAAAGUGAUCCACCUUACAUGGAGAUGAAGGGAAAGGCAUCAGAGAAACUCUCUGCAAACAGUAAAAUAUUAAUCUCUAUGGCAAAGGAGAACAUACCACCAAACAGCCAACAGCCCAAGGGAUCCUUAGGAAUUGAAUAUGGCUUAAGUUUACCACUUGGAGAAGAUUAUGAACAGAAGAAACAUAAAUUAAAAGAAGAAUUGAGGCAAGAUUAUAGACGCUAUCUUACUCAGGGCAUUACACAAGCAAAAAGAAAGAAAAAUUUCCUACCUACUGGUGAAACAGACCCGUCUACUCUGGGAGUUUCUCUUCCUAUUGAUGAGCGGUUAUCUGCCAAGGAAAGGUUGAAACUUGAACGCAACCGAGAAUACAAUCAAUUUCUCAGGGGUAAGGCAGAAUCCACAGAACAAGUCAGACAGGUAGAAAAGAAUAUUGAGCCUAAGAGUCAAAGAAAUAAAAGCCCUGUUACUCAAAGUAAGUCUGAUCUGCCUUCACAAAUCCAGACUUCAUACAGACACUCAGAGGGACCCUCCUACGAAAGACUGCGAGAGGAGGGCCAGUACCCACAGCUUGGUGAUGAAAUUGAAUUAAGGAACAGAAGACUGCUUAAACUGACAAAUGAAGAAAUAGGCAUUUCUGGUACAAAACAUCAACGCUUUUCCAGCAAGGCUGGUGUUCCAGAGAGAAGAGCUCGUAGGUUUAAUGAAGAGCGUCUGCUUGACAGACAAUAUUGUAGAGCUGACCGAGAUCCUGACGUAAGUGAAGAAAUGGAUGAGAGGUUUAGAUUUGAAAGUGAUUUUGAUAGAAGACUUUUGAGAGUUUAUACAAAUGACAGGCCGCAUGGGAGCAGACAAGGGUGUGUGGACAGGGAUGAUGUCACAGAAGCGCCAAACAAACAGAUCUCAUCUGCUGAAAAAAGAAGUGUUCAAGAUAAUGGGCCACCCAAAUGUGCUGACCUUGCUAUCACGAGUCCAUUUGCAGGCAUGCUCUUUGGGGGUGAAGAUCGAGAACUUACCAAGAGAAGGAAAGAGAAAUAUAGGCAAGAACUACUGGAACAGAUAGCUGAACAGCAGCAGAAGAAGAGACGAGAAAAAGAGUUAGCAUUUGGAAUUACAACUUCUGGAGUACAAGACCGUGAAAAAUCGUGGAAUGGCUCAUACACAUCAUUGCAGUUAAGUAAGGAGGAGCCUGAUAGACUAAAGCAGUUUAGUUUGACACCAAGACACUUUGAAGAGAUGAUACCACCUGAGAGACCCAGAGUAGCUUUCCAGACACCUCCCCCUCCCUUCUCUGCCCCGUCUGUCCCACCCAUCCCACCAGUUCAUUCCGCCCCUUCUCACAAUGAAGACUUGCACAGUGGACUCGGCAGCACCCUUGGUGAACUGGUGCAUCCCAGGAUUAUGCCUGUGCCUCUGAAUCCACCUCCACCUCCACUACUUGCCCCUCUAGCUCCUAACUAUCGAACUCCUUAUGAUGAUGCAUACUAUUUUUACGGUGCCAGAAAUACACUGGAUCCCAAUAUUGCAUACUACGGUUCCGGAAUGAUUGGAGGACAGCCUGCCCCUCAUGUCUCUGCCCCUGUCACUCACCAGGUAGCACCGCCAGCUGUGAAUACUCUUGGACAGAAUGAACAGAAAGUUCUUAGUGAUGGACUCAGGAAUUCAGGAUUGGUCUUUGAGGAUAAGCCGAAACCUUCUACACAGUCUCUUCAGUCUUACCAAGAAGCUUUGCAGGAACAGAUUCGGGAAAGAGAAGCAAGAAGGAAGAAAGAACGUUUAGAAAAAGAAGAAUAUGAAGCUAAAUUAGAAGCCGAAAUGAAGAUUUACAACCCCUGGGGGAAGGGCGGAGGUGGUGCUCCUCUCAGAGAUGCCAAAGGAAAUCUGAUAACUGAUUUGAAUAGGAUGCACAGACAGAAUAUAGAUGCCUACCAUAACCCAGAUGCAAGAACAUAUGAAGAUAAAAGGGCUGUUGUAUCUAUAGACCAAAAUUUAGCCACUUCAAAUGCUGAGAACCUACAAGAUUCUGCAAAUAAAAACUCAGGUCCUUUGCAAACACAAAGCUCUCCUUUUGCCCGUGGAAACACGUUCGGUGAGCCACUCAGCGAGCUUCAGAUUAAACAGCAAGAAUUAUACAAGAAUUUUCUUCGUUUUCAGAUUGAGGAAAAGAGACAAAGAGAAGAAGCAGAGCGUGAGAAGCUGAGAGUUGCUGAAGAGAAGGAAGAAAAGCGGCUAGCGGAGCAGAGGGCAAGGAUUCAGCAAGAGUACGAGGAGGAGCAGGAGCGGAGGAGGGCGAAGGAGGAGGAGCAAAGGUUGAAAAAUGAAGAACUUAUUCGGUUGGCUGAAGAGAGGCGAAAGGAGGCAGAAAGAAAGAGGAAGGAGGAGGAAGAGAGACAUAGCUUGCGACUUCAGCAUGACGAUGAGAGAGAAAAUAUUGCUGGAGAUGAAACAAAGCACAUGAGACAGCCUUCUCCUGCCGUUCCUGCUCUUCAGAACAAAAUUGCAAGCAAACUCCAAAGACCUCCUUCAGUCGACACCAUUAUAAGUUCCUUCAUUCAUGAAAGCUCUGCGUCCCGGGUGCAAUCUCCUCCAGUACCUGCAAGGAAGAACCAACUUCGUGCAGAAGAGGAGAAAAAAACUGUGAUUAUGGAGUUAUCAGAAAUGAGGAAGCAGCUCCGGAGUGAGGAGAGGCGUUUGCAGGGGCGGCUGCUGCGCCUGGACAGUGAUGACGAGAUCCCUGUCAGGAAAAAAGAGAGGAACCCCAUGGAUAUAUUUGACAUGGCUAGACACCGGGUACAAGCUCCUGUCAGAAGACCAUCGCCUAGGGGCCUAGAUGCUACUACUGUUCAGAACAUUCAUGACUUUAAUGAGCUGAGAGAGAGAGAUUCAGAUACUCGAGUGGAUCUGAGAUUAAUGUACCCAGAUCCUCCACGAGAUGAUCACACGUUGGAGAUUCAGCAGCAGGCCCUGCUCCGAGAGCAGCAGAAGAGGCUGAAUAGGAUAAAGAUGCGGAGAGAUGCAGGAGCUGAUUUGGACACCAUCUGCACUGGUAAUGUACAAGGGCCCAGAAUGCCAAGAGAUGACACUAGUGAUCUUUUGAAAAAUUCAUUACUAGAAUCUGAUAGUGCUUUUAUUGGUGCUUAUGGUGAGACAUAUCCUGUCAUUGAAGAGGAUGCCUUCCCUCCACCAUCACACCUGCCCUCUGCAAGGGAACGCAGGAGGAACAAAUUAAAAGGACUAGAUUUUGAUAGUAGUCGGCUCCACACACCACAAGAUGGUCUCUCUUUAAAAUCUAUCUCCAGUGUAAAUGUUGAUCAAGUUAGAAUGAGAAAUGAAGACAGAAUGAGAAGACUGAAUGAGCAUCAGAAGAAGCCCACUAACACAGGUAACUUACAUACGAGAUGUUCACUGGCUGAUGAACACCUGCAGGGAAAAAGAAUCUUCAAGUCCUUUGAGUUUACGAAAGAUGAUGAGGGUUCACUGGUUGAUCCUGAUGACAUCAUGAGACACUUGGGUGAUGAUGGACGCAACUCUGUGGCAACUGAGCCCUGGCUCCGCCCUGGCACUUCUGAAACUCUGAAAAGGUUCAUGGCAGAGCAGCUGAAUGAGGAACAGCAGCAGGUUCCUGGGAAACCAGGCACUUUUACUUGGCAGGGACUAUCUGCUGCUCAUGCUUAAAAUAAACCCUCUCUGGAUCCAGAAGUGCCUUUUUACAGUGGAA